AUGGCGGAAGCGGUCAAGGACACGGUAAACCAGGUCGUCGAGGGCGUCAAGGACCUCGCUGUCGCAGGCGAGAAGAAGGUCGAAGGAAAAGCCCCCAAAGCUGCAAAGCCCAAGAAAGAGAAGAAGAAGGGCGGUGACGAUGGUGGUCGUCCGUUGAUGCUCGACCCCGUGCCUGCAUUUGUCGACCACCGAGUCAAGAUCUUCGAGAGGCUCAAGGCCAAGUACGACGAGGAAGUCGCGCAGAAGCCCCGCGAGAAGAUUACAGUUACACUCGGAGACGGCAAACUCAUCGAAGGCGAAUCCUGGGUCACCAGCCCUGCAGACAUUGCACGAGGCAUCAGCAAGAGCUUGUUCGAGCGCACCGUCAUUGCCCGUCUCGACCAUGGCACAGCCGAGGAGACACUGUGGGACCUUGAGCGGCCGCUCGAGAAGAGCUGCAAGCUGGAGCUCUUGGACUUUGACCACCCAGAGGGCAAGAGGGUCUUCUGGCACUCGAGCGCACAUAUCCUCGGCGAGGCGUCAGAGCGCAGAUUUGGCUGCGACCUCUGCAUUGGUCCCCCCAUUGAGGACGGCUUCUACUACGAAAUGGCCCUGCCCGACAAGGCCGCCGUAGAGCACUCCGACCACAAGCCCCUCGAGACCAUCGUCAACAGCAUUGUCAAGGAGAAGCAGGUCUUCGAGCGAUUGACUCUUUCCAAGGAGGACCUCCUGGACAUGUUCAAGUCGAACCCUUACAAGCAGCACAUCAUCAAGGACAAGAUCCCCGACGGCACCUCCACCACCGUGUACCGCAACGGCCCUCUCAUUGAUCUCUGCCGAGGACCCCACGUACCGCACACCGGAAGGAUAAAGCAGUUCAAGGUCAUGAAGAACUCAGCAUCAUACUUCCUUGGCGACGCAAACAACGACAGUCUGCAGCGCAUCUAUGGUGUCUCCUUCCCCGACAAAGACAGGAUGGCAGAGCACCUCAAGUUCCUCGAGGAGGCUGCCAAGCGUGAUCACCGCAAGAUUGGAAAGGAACAGGAGCUGUUCUUCUUCCACGAAUACAGUCCCGGCUCAUGCUUCUUCCUGCCCCACGGACAGAUCAUCUACAACACACUGCAAGCAUUUCUGCGCGAGGAAUACUGGAACCGCGGGUACCAGGAGGUUGGAUCGCCAAACAUGUACAACUCGGCGCUAUGGAAGAUCUCAGGCCACUGGCAGCAUUAUCACGAGGAUAUGUUCACAUUUGACGUCGAGAAGGAGAAGUGGGCUUUGAAGCCCAUGAACUGCCCUGGUCACUGCCUGAUCUUCAAGCAUCGCGAGCGAAGUUACCGUGAGUUGCCAAUCCGUAUGGCCGACUUCGGUAUCCUGCACCGAAACGAGGCCAGCGGUGCUCUUACUGGUUUGACUCGUGUUCGCCGCUUCCAGCAGGACGACACUCACAUCUUCUGUACCGAGGACCAGAUCAACGAGGAAGUUCUGGGUCUCUUCGAUUUCCUCCGCGCAGUUUACGGCAAGUUCGGCUUUACCUUCAAGCUGAAGCUCAGCACACGCCCAGAAGGUUUCCUCGGCGAGAUUGAGACCUGGAACAAGGCUGAGGCGAAGCUGACCGAGGCUCUGGAUAAGUUCACCGCCGAAGGUGGUGGUGCUUGGGAGCUGAACCCUGGUGAUGGUGCCUUCUACGGCCCCAAGAUCGACAUUACCAUUUCCGAUGCCCUGAAGCGCGAGUACCAGUGUGCUACAAUCCAGCUCGACUUCCAGCUCCCCAACCAGUUCGAGCUUGAGUACAUGACCUCUGAAGUCGCAGCGGCGAAGCCAAAGGAGGAGAAGACCAAGGCAGAAGCGCCCAAGGAAGAGGCGCCCAAGGAGGCCCUCAAGCAGGAGCAGCCAGAGACACCCGGAGACCUUGCCUCGAUUGCGAAGAAGAUCAAGCCUCCUCAGCCGGGUUACGCUCGCCCUGUGAUGGUCCACCGCGCCAUCUAUGGGUCUUUCGAGCGUUUCAUUGCCAUCCUCACUGAGCACUUUGCUGGUCGAUGGCCUUUCUGGCUAUCUCCCCGCCAGGUCAUGGUCAUCCCCGUUAUGCCUGGUGCGAAUGACUACGUCAAGGAGGUCCAGGCUACGCUCCGCAAGCAGCACAUCCACGCCGACAUUGACAUCAGUGGCAACACCAUGCAAAAGAAGAUUCGCACAGCACAGUUGGCUCUUUACAACUUCAUCAUGGUCGUUGGUGCUGAGGAGCAGCAGGCGCGGGCUGUCAACUGGAGGAACCGUGAUGACCAGGCUUCUCAGCAGCGAGGUGAGAUUGUUCCUCUCGACGAGGCGGUCGAGAAGCUCGUGAAGCUGAGGGACGAGCGAAGAGUCGAGAACAAGGUCUAG